GCCGGGCGGCGCGGGAUGGCCGCUCGCACCGCCCCGCUCGCACCGCCCCGCACGGGACGCGGGGCGGAGCCGCGGGACGCGGCCGCCGCUUCCCGGUGGCUCGUGGCUGCCUGGGCGCUGGGCUGGUGGCAAAGGGUGCCGCGGGGUUGUGGCGAUUCUCAGCCCCGCCGUCACUGGCCUUCUGCCUCUCGCCGCCCGGCGCGUCCCGCCCCUCUCCUGCCGGCUCGGCGCAGCGCCGGCGGUGCGAGGCAUGAAGCUGAGCAAAGCCCAGUACGAUGAGAUAGCCCAGUUCCUGGGGCACGUGCAGCCCACCCGGCAGAGCCUGAGGAAGCUGAAGGAGAAGUUUCCUAGUCAAUCGCAGUCCACUCUGCUGAGCAUCUUCUCCCAGGAGUACCAGAAACAAAUCAAAAGAACACAUGCCAAGCAUCACACUGCUGAAGCUAUCGAAACUUACUACCAAAGGUACCUGAAUGGGGUGAUGAAAAAUGCAGCUGCCCCAGUAUUACUGGACCUGGCCAGUGAGGUGGACUUUGCCCCAUCGUUGAUGGCUCGUAUUGUGUUGGAAAGAUUUCUACAAGAAAAAGAACAAGCCAUCCCAGCGACCUGGCUGGCCUUCGGCAAUGAGAUUCAAUGCACAUGGCUCUGCAGUCAAAUCAUCAAAUUUCCCUCCUCCAAAACUCUUAUAAAUAGUAUGCUACGGGACCCUUCUCAGAUUCCAGAUGGAGUGCUAGCAAAUCAAGUCUAUCAGUGUACUGUGAAUGACUGUUGUUAUGGACCACUGGUGGACUGCAUCAAACACGCUAUUGGGCAUGAGCACGAAGUCUUGCUGCGAGAAAUGCUUUUGGAAAAAAAUCUCUCUUUCAUAGCUGAAGAUCAGCUUCGUGCAAAGGGUUAUGACAAAACACCAGACUUUAUUUUAGAAGUGCCAGUAGCUGUGGAAGGACACAUAAUUCACUGGAUUGAAAGCAAAGCCUCAUUUGGUGAUGAAAGUAGCCACCAAGCCUACUUGCAAGACCAGUUUUGGAGCUACUGGAACAGGUUUGGCCCUGGAUUAGUCAUCUACUGGUAUGGAUUUAUUGAAGAGCUGGACUGCCAUCGUGAACGUGGCAUCCUACUAAAAGACUGCUUCCCUACUGACAUUGUGACUCUGCGACACAGCAUGGCUCAGCGCUGAUGUUGGGAGGAAGAGGUACUGUAGCACACUGAAGUCCAAAAGAACAACAUGCAGGAGCUUUCUCUGUGAGUCAUUUCUGAAGGAGUUCACCAUCCUGGUAUUCAAGAAGAGGAAUUAAAGAAAAAGAUAAAACAGUGCUUCAUACUGGAUCAGUUCCACAAGUCAAAUAAAGCGUACAAAUGGACAGAAGUUUCCUGCGUACUUGUUUUCUUGUAAGAGCCUUGUUUUUCUCUUGUUAGAACCAGCAGGAUCAGAAGUUCACUGAGGUGGGUGUUAGCCUUUCUUGAAGUUUUGAGUUCAGUCUCUUGUUUUUCUAUCCACAUCGCCACUCAGAGGGGCAAGAUUAGGUCUCAGGCAUUUUUUAAUGACAGUGGCUUAUUUGGCUUGACACGUUUCAAGACUCCUUUCUUUGCUAGCUAUUACUCAGGAAAAGAAAAAUAUUUUAAAAUGUCAGUGAGAGAUUUGCAUGUAUGCUCAUCAUGUUCAGAUUUUCUGAGAAGAGCUGUGGAUUCUGUUGUAGAAAUAAAGAUCUGAUAACAGGCUCCCUAAAACAUGAGUUGAUAAUCUUUUCCAGAAAGAAAGGGUCUCUAAAACAUUACAGUGCGUAUUCAUCACCUUUUUUUAGUUGAAGUGAUACUUUGUGCACCUGUAUAUUUUCAAAAAUCACGUGCAGACUUUUUACAGUCUUGCCCUGAGUGGAAAGGAUAUUAAAGCUCCUAUUUAUGAGUUUUUCAGCUGUAGUUUUCAGUUACGUGCACAGUAUUUUUAUUUUUAAUUUUUAGUUUUCACCUUAACACUUUCUGGUAAGUUUCAGACAGGAGUUUAUCAUUUUGACAAAUCUUUCCUUUUCAAGAAAAAAUUACUUUAAUCUUCUAGUACUCUGUCCCUUGCUGCAGAGAUAAACUUGUAGAGCUCCACUAUAGUGAGUUAUUGUUGUAUAGAGGUACUUUCUUGGGUUUGAAUGUGUUACAGUGAAGAGAGUUAUUGUUAAAAAACACUCAAAUUCAUUUGCGUUCAACUAUUUAAGAUAAUUGUGCUGAGCUUAUUUUACCUGACCAGCUGUAAGGAUCUGCCCAUAAAGAUACACAGAAGCAAUCUAUAGGUGAAUGUUCCUGCCUGAUGCUACACACAAGCUGCAUUUAGGGUGUUUCUCCCCCUGGGACUUUUAACUAUGGUUUAGGUUAGUGGAAUGUGUAAAAUCAAGAAGAGAAUAAAAAACAAGAAAUAAUUGAACAUUAUCAUAGUAGAAAAUUCAGAAGUAAUGGUUGUCUGAGGGAAAUGGGUUUUAAAGGCAGACGGAAUUUGUUUUAGCUACUGCAUAUGCUUUCUGUUGUAUGAAAUCAUUUAAAUCAGCUUUUACAUGAUACACUAAUGCUGCUUUUUCUUUUUGAAUAAAUUAAAUUUAUCUGCACAGAUGUUGAAAAUUCUGCUAACCUUCAUCAAAGCUUUGCUUUAUUUGUUUUUACAUUAAACAAAUUUAUGUGGAGACACACAGAUAAA